UACAACAGUCAUCAUGCUAGGCUCCGGGAUUCUGGUUGUUUUUUGUGUCUGCCUCUUAUUCUUCUUCAUCAGGCUCCAGAGGCCCAAAAACUUUCCUCCUGGACCACGACCUCUUCCUAUAUUUGGAAACUUGUUUCAUUUUAACAUCAAAAAUCCUCUGAAAGACUUUGAGAAGUUGGCUGAGCAAUAUGGAAACAUUUACAGUCUGUAUAUUGGGACAAAACCAGCUGUUGUUCUUAAUGGUUUAAAAGUCAUAAGAGAAGCUCUGGUAACCAAAUCUGAAGACUUUUCAGGACGUCCACAGAACAUCAUUAAAGAUUUGACUGAAGGAAAGGGAGUCAUAAUGGCUGAUUAUGGUCUUCAAUGGAAGGAGCAUCGGCGCUUUGCUCUUAUGACACUAAGAAACUUCGGCUUGGGAAAACAGUCGAUGGAGAACAGGAUUCUGGGAGAAAUUGAUCACCUCAUUGCAAAAUUGAAGAAAUAUGCUGGAAGUUCCUUGUAUCCUCAGACAUUGUUCCAUGAUGCAACAUCAAAUAUCAUCUACCUGGUUUUGUUUGGCACGCGCUAUGACUAUGGUGAUGAAACCCUUAAAAUGUACAUUCAGAUGUUCACUGAAAAUUUAAAGAUCACUGGGGGAACUUGGGCAAUGAUUUACGAUGCACUUCCUGUGGUGAGGUCCAUGUCCCUGCCUUUUAAAAAAGCUUUUGAUAAUUACAGUGCAAUGAAAAUCAUGACAGCCAACAUGAUCAACAAGCACAAGACAACAAGAGUCUCAGGAGAACCAAGAGAUUUUGUUGACUGCUAUUUGGAUGAGUUUGAUAAGAGAGGCAAUGAUUCGACUUUCAGUGAAGAACAACUUGUGGCGUAUAUUUUGAAUCUGCAUGUAGCUGGAACAGAUACAACAUCCAACACACUGCUUACAGCGAUUCUCUACCUCAUGGUCCAUCCAGACAUUCAGAAGAGAUGCCAGAAUGAGAUUGAUCAGGUUAUGGAGGGAAAAUCUCAGGCAACUUUCGAGGACAGGAACAACAUACCGUACACACAGGCUGUGAUUCACGAGUGUCAGCGCGUUGCCAACACUGUCCCCAGUGCGCUCCACUGUACCACAAGGGAUACUGAACUGAUGAACUACACCAUCCCAAAGGGAACUAUGAUAAUCCCCAACCUGUCCUCAGUGUUGAGUGAAGAAGGCCAGUGGAAGUUUCCUCAUGAUUUCAACCCAGCAAACUUCCUAAAUGAUCAGGGACAAUUUGAAAAGCCUGAGGCCUUCUUACCCUUUUCUGCUGGCCCUCGAGUGUGUCUUGGAGAAGGUCUGGCUCGCAUGGAGCUCUUCCUCUUCUUGGUUACUCUUCUACACCACUUUCAGUUUGUUUGGCCUGAAGAUGCAGGAGAACCUGAUUUCACACCUGUGUUUGGAACAACACUUACACCCAAACCAUACAGGAUGGAAGUCAGGCUGAGACAGACAGUCAAAGAAAUGUAGAAUCAGUAUAUGUCUGCCUACUAGGACCUUGUUUAUGGCUUAUUAAGGAAUGAGCUUGUCCUUAUUAACAUGUGAACACUGUUCUAGCAUUAGCAUUCUUCAAUAAUGUCAAGUAUGAUGUUAAAGUUUUACCUAUAAAUGCCAGAAAUCUAAAUGUAAAUCUAUAAAAAAAAAUAAAACACCACUUUUUAAUUACUUAUCUCUUUGAGCUAGUGUCCAGGUUAGGGUUAUGUAAACAUUAUAAACCACUAAACAACAAGCACAGAAAUAUAUUUGGGUUGUAAUAAUCAUAAUUGCCAGUUUUACUUUAGGUUUCCCAACGUGAAGUCAUUUUUUUUUAAACAGGAUUGUGAGAAAAAAACUUCUCUUUUGUUUCAUUUAUUUAUUUUACAAAUUAAUAUUAUGAACAGUGCUCUAAAUAUGACAACAGAUAAAUCAGAAUCAGACUCAAUGCAUCAAAUCAGACUCGCAUUAAAAACAAGUUUAAUUUACAUUAGCUUUUAAUUUAGUCUUGCUGACAUUGAUAGAAGUGCAGGCAUGGGUUUAUUGAACAUAUUCAAAAUAGUAGAACAAACACAAAAAAAAUAUAACAUGAUGUACAAACAGGAACUUUGACAGAAACUCAGAGGUAUAGCAUUAAUGUAGUGCUAGCAUUAGCAGGGCAGCCUGAUAACUGGAAAUUAGCUAAAACAGCAUUAAAUUAAACAAAUAACUGCAGGGGAUCCAGUGUUGAUGCGUCUCAUAUGUUCCAUCUAGUACAUUAUAAUCUGUUGAUUAUAGAUGACCAGUAAAAAUCUUCUUACUGUUUAAGAAAGUAAAACACAACAUAUUUGUUGUGCAUCUCCUGACUUUGGUCCAAAAUAUUAAAUAUCAUAAAAGAGUCAAAUAUCAUCUCAUUAAUAAUCACUUUUAC